AUGGCGGAAGCCCUGACAGCUCAGGAGCAGCUGGCUGUGGAGGAGUUCCUGAGUGAGGUGCGUAGCAGGGAGCAGCCUCACAGUGCUGGGCUUGUCUCCCAACCUACAGCUGUAAAGUUUCUUAUGGCCCGCAAGUUUGACGUCUCCAGAGCCAUCGAUCUGUUCCAAGCAUAUAAGAACACAAGAAUCAAAGAGGGCAUCUUCAAUAUCAACCCCGACGAGGAGCCGCUGCGCUCCGAGCUGCUGAGCGGCAAAUUCACAGUCCUGCCUGGCCGCGACGCGAAGGGAGCUGCUCUAGCACUGUUUACUGCCCGCCUCCACCGGCCAGACAUCACCACCCACAAGGCCGUGCUGCAGGCCAUCAUCUAUCAACUGGACAAAGCCAUAGAGAAUUUGCAGACUCAGAGAGACGGACUCAUAUUUAUUUACGACAUGACCAACUCCAGUUAUGGAAAUUUUGACUACGAGCUCUGUGUCAAGAUUCUCAAUUUGUUGAAGGGGGCAUUUCCAGCUCGCCUUAAAUGUGUCUUUAUCGUGUCGUCGCCUCUUUGGUUCCGAGCACCUUUUGCAGUCCUCCGCCUCUUUGUACGUGAAAAGCUGAGAGAAAGGGUAUGCACGGUGAAAGCUCACGAGCUGGCGAGUCACAUCCCGACCUCCUCCCUGCCCGAGCACCUGGGCGGGACGUCCCAGUACAGCCACGUGGCUUGGAUCCAGUCCUGCGUUAACGUGCACACAAACAUCGCUCAGGGCGACACAGACGAGCACGACACACACGACUGCGUGGGAAGCCUGUUGCGCUCUUACAGCUUAGAGAACAGCAACGCCAGCGUAGGUGCUCCACUGCACCACACCCAUUUAAAUAAACAGUUAGGUCCCGAGCGAGCCGUCGCUAACUCUAACUGCUACGACGAUAGCAAUGCGAACCCACACAACCACUGCAGUAUAGUGGAGGGCAGGACUCGAGGCCUCGGCCAGUACCAACAGAGCCCCAAUUCCGCUGCAGACAGGUCACAGGGGAACCACCAACACUGGAAUGGAUCUGCGGUGACCGGGGCCAACGUGGCGGUCAGCGGCGGCGGCGACGGCAGCCCCAACAUGAACGGCCGCAGCUGCCAGGCGCCGCCCCAGUCGGACACGCCCCCCGACACGCCGCUCUCGCAGAAAGGCGAUGGAGACGCUACGCACGGCGGCGCGACAGACUCUGCCGAUCAGUCGCAGCACGAGGCCAUGAAGGAGGAGGAGGAGGAGGAGGAGGAGGAGGGCGAAGAGGAGGAAGGGGUGCCGCCGUUACCUCAGAAAUCCCUGCCCCGCCCGCCCCACCAGCCCUCCUCGCAGUCCCCGCCCCUGUCCUCGUCCUGGGACCCCGACGAUGAGAACCAGUGCAUGGAAGCAUCGGUCCACAUGCCAGAGCAGGGGGGCAUGACGGUGCACGAGCUGGUGGAGCACGUCAAGAGGCAGAAGAAGAAGGGCAUCUACCAGGAGUAUGAGGAGAUCCGCAAGGAGCCACCAGCUGGCACCUUCGACUACUCCAAGAAACUGGCCAAUCAGAUCAAGAACAGGUACAGCGAUGUCCUCUGUCUGGAUCAGUCCAGAGUGCGACUCAGCGAGCUCAGCGACGAUGAAGACGAGACAUCGGAUUACAUCAAUGCCAGUUUCAUGGACGGGUACAAGAGGAGCAACGCCUACAUCGCUACUCAGGGUCCUUUGCCAAAAACAUUCGGUGACUUCUGGCGGAUGGUGUGGGAACAGAUGGUACUUAUCAUUGUCAUGACCACCAGGGUCGUGGAGCGCGGACGAGUCAAAUGUGGUCAGUACUGGCCUCUGGAGGAGGGCAGGACUGAACAAUUUGGGUACUUCUUGGUCAGGAAUACACACAUCCAGGUGUUUCAGGACUUCAAAUUAUCCCACCUCGAACUUUACAACACACAGUCUGGAGAGAGGCGGGACGUGUGCCACUACCUCUAUGUCAGCUGGCCGGACUUCGGGGUGCCCAAGAGUGCGUCGGCCAUGUUGGACUUCCGGGAGCACGUCCAUCAACGGAGAGACGCUGCAGUCAAGAGCCUUGGGUCCAGCUGGAGGGGGUCUCCGGGGGGCCCCCCUGUGGUCGUUCACUGCAGUGCGGGCAUUGGUCGCACAGGCACAUUCUGCACACUGGACAUCUGCCUGUCCCGACUGGAGGACAUCGGCACAAUAGAUGUCCGUCAGACGGUGCGGCGGAUGCGGACGCAGAGGGCCUUCAGUAUUCAGACCUGGGACCAGUACUACUUCUGCUACACAGCAGUCAUAGAGUAUGCCCAGCGGCAUGGCAAACUGACCCCGGUGCAGUGGUCCGACUCAGAUCUGGAGACUGACAGUGAGUGAGACGCACACACACUCGACACCCAGAGGACCGGGACAGUCAGCCUGAGCAGAAGUCAUAGGAACCAAACGACUGAAGUGUGGCGUUUCAGAGCAGAGGAGGGCUGAGUCCUCUCCGCAGGAGCAGGAAGCAAAGGAGGACGGCAGAAUCCCUCAGCGGCUCUUCCUUCAGAUGAGUGGAGAGAUGACGAGCCGGACAAGGAAAAAACUGAACAGUGCAGUGGAUACUGUGCUUUGUGUCAUUUACGAGCAAGCUGGACUGCCAAUAUUUGAGCCCCUAAUAUUUAGCAAACUACAGGGGGACGUGGCCUGCCCUGAACCUGUCUUGUUGACAAAGCGUUGUACGAGUUGUAGCAUUUUUUUUUUUUGUUUUUGUUUUUUUUUAUUGACUUGCACAUGAGGAAUGACAAACUUGAACCUUUCCCUCUUGAAGCCCUCCAAACCCCAGCCUGUUUUUUCCUUUUUAUAUUUUCUUGUUCCUUCUCAACUCUGAGCAAAGUCGGUGACAGCAGAUAAGAUGUGAGGGGUCUGAAAAGGCAAAACUUGAAAACACUUAUUUUCUCUCUUUUUUUUUUUUCUUUUAUGUUUUUCUUAGUUUUUCAGGAAAUGGUUCUCCGUAUGCGUGCUUGUAAGUGAUGGAUAAGUGUGUGAGCCAUUCAGUCCAUUUCCUUUUUUUUUUUCCUUGUCUUUUUUUUUUUUUUUUUUUUUAAAUGGUGCAUUUUCUAUGUGUGUUUCAUAUUUGUGCAUAUGUAGACUAACUUUUCAAAGCCAAAGUCCUCACCCUGAAUGCUUGGAUGUACUCCAUACUGAGAUAUUAUCGACUGAAGCCCAUGUAUAUUCUUGUAACAUACAUUUAUACAUUAUUGUGUAAAAUAACAACCUCUGAAAAUCGUGCAAAAAAAAAAGAAAAGCAGUGUUCAAUAUAAUUGACUUCAUCAAAUCCUAUGGUAGCGAGCCAAGAUAUGGAAACAUGGUUUGGAGCUGAUAAAGUAACUGUCAGGUCGAACAUCGUCUUUACCGUCGGAGCGUUCUGAUUGGACGAUCUCGAGUAAUUUGGCCUUAACUUGAUUCACUGCCUCGUCGUUCUCAGACCUGAACCAUAUCUUCAAACUGUACACUUCGACUUCCCUUCUUGCUCCUUCCUCUUUUAAAUCCGAACUCCUUGAAAACCACAACUGUUGAGUUUAAUUUUCGGGGCGCGCUCCGCCUCGGAUGAUUGUGCCUUCACGUUUUCCUUAGCUUAAUAUCUCGCUAGUGUAGUAAUAACACCCGGACUAGUGCACUUGCUUAGGACACGUUGACUAUGUGUUACACAGGACGCUCACAUUUUUGCCUAUUGUCCUGUACAUAGCACACUACUUACAAAUAACAAACAAGUAGUGAGUUAUCUGGGAGUAAGCUCUGGUUUGAGACACGGCUAUUCUUUUAUCAUUUGACCUCAGGGGGUAAUUCUCGUGUUUUUUGCCUAGUGUCAAAGAUCCGUUUCUGGUUUGCCUCUGGUAAAUUAUCAUUUAAGGAGAAAAAAAAGAAGAAAAAAAAACAGAACUAUAUCGACUUUAUUUUGUAUUUUUUACUGUAUUGUAUCCUACUGUAUUUAUGUCUUUGUACAACUUCUACAAUAUUGAAAUCAGUGAAUGUUGGUACGAUGCUACAAAGAAAACAGACCAGUUAUUAUGUUUGAUAAGCUGAACAAAGCGGACAGAACGUGAAAUAUAUUUUUUGUCAUUCACCAUGAAAUUUAAGUGGAAAGACCUCACUUUGCCAUAGUAUUUUUUAGAACUGACUUGUAUAAACGGUGAGUGUUCAAUUUUAGGACAAUAAGGAGCGGGCAAAGCUAAUAAUUGUGUUUUAACAAGCUUAUCCUGAAACUUUUAACAGUGACAUUAACUUCUGACUAUCUGAUCCUCUAUGCCAAGGACAAAGCAAAAAAAAAAAAAAAAGAGCUAUCGAGAGGAAGAAAAAAAACAUCUAAAAA